AUGGACCCCCAUGAAGCCAUUCAGGCGUCUGUCGAUGGACCCGCUGUAGACGAAGGCUCCACAUUGCCCUCAACUGCCGCAAAACAUGCAGCGACAGCAGCGGCACACCCAGCGGUAGCGGGAGAAGCACCACCAGCAGCAGCAGCAACAGAACCCCCAGCAGCAGCAGCAGCAGCAACGGCAGCAGCAUACGCGAGCAGCGUUCUUCCAAGCACGGAUAGCAUCAAGAAGCCUCAGCCGAGCUGCAAGGAGGUUUGCUUUCGAAGCUCCAGCAGCCCUGAGCAGCAGCAGCAGCAGCAGCAGCAGCAGCAGCAGGCGAUGGAGCAGCAGCUGGUUGCAUCUCCCCCACCAGAGGCAGCGGUAGCAGCACCAGAGGACCCUCCCCCAGCCACCACCACCACCAUCACCACCAUCACCACCAUCAUCAUCACCACCACAGCAGCAGCAGCAGCAGUAGCAGCAGCAGCAGCAGCAGUAGUAGUAGUGGUUGCCGGCGACAUCGUCGUCGCUGCGGCUGUCAUUCAGUCCAGAGACCUCUACCCUUUUUUGGUCGUUAACAUCGGCUCAGGCGUAUCCAUCCUCAAGGCCAAGAGUGCAAGCAGCUUCGUCAGGGUCACCGGGACCUGCAUCGGUGGCGGCACAGUGCUGGGGUUGGCGCGGCUUCUAUUCCACGCCAAAAGUUUCAGACAAGUUGUUCGGCUCUCAGAGCGAGGCACGGACGCGCUGGAUUUGAAAGUUGCAGAUCUUUGCGGGGAUGCGGCGGGUAGCCGGUGCAUUGCCCCCGACGCUUUGGCCUCGAGGUACAGCUGA